UGAUUACAAUAAUUGAGCACUGCUUUUUUUGUUGUUGUCAAAUUGCAACAUUUGGUAAAGAAAAAAGAAUGAGUCAUACACCAAAAUGAACGGAGCGCAAUAAAAUAAGUAGGUUUUAUUUAUUUGAUUAUUAAAUCAUAAAUAGUGGAAUUUAAUUAAAGAAAAUACGCCAAGACCACAAAGGCGCAGCUGAAAUGGUAUGUAGAAUUCAACAAAGUAAUCGACAGAUACUAAGCGAAAUAGCCUUGAAUUUAAAUGCAUUUUAUGGGCCGAAUAGAACUGCCGCAAAAUGGGAAGAGCAACUGGAAGAAGCAGCUCCGCGCUCGGGCUCGCAAGCUAAAAGCAGAACGCUUGCGCACUUGCGGAGGCUCGUUUUCAGGCGAAGAGUUAUCAGAGUUCGACGAACAAGCUCUUUCCGCAUUUGGCAUGGGCGCAGUCAAUGGAUAGGAGUGCGUAACCUUGGGUCUUCCUGGCACAGUCACAACUCUCGCGACUCCAUCACCACGAAGCGAAGAGGAAGCAUACCUGAUUGAGGAAACGCUGAUCGAAUCGCCAUCCGAGUUAACCGUAGACCCAAAUGUAUCCAACAUUGCCGCAGCCUCUGAUGCAUGGCCUUCGAUUGCUCCUACCAUUUCCCGGCAACAAAAAGUGACAAAGGAUGCGAUUUAUAAGAUGAUGGCUGAAGAUUUGCAGUCUCAAGAGCAGCUAUCUUCUGCAUUGAUGCAAAUGGGGAAAGGGUUGGAGAUUUUGGGCAAUGCAAUCUCAAAAGUAGCCGAUAAGCUGUAGUUAGUUUUUUUUUAUUAGCUACAUAAGCGAUUUUUUUUUACCAAAUGAAUUGCUAUAAGUUUUUCUAAGUGUUUGUCUAGAAGACAUUUUCGUUAGUAGUAU